AUGCUGCGAGCCCAGGUGGAUGCGCUGAACAGCAAGAACGAGGCCCUUCACAAUGGCGAAGCAACUUCAAGUCUGGAGGACGCUGUGCUUGGUGAGGACGAGAUCGAUGGCGCUGAUGCGCAUGAGCGUGUGCGUGCAGUCGAUCGUGGUGCUCUUACAGAUGCGGCUGAGGAGGACGAGACAUAUGGUGAGCGCCUUCGUGAUGGGACUGGCAUCCUGACACUGCUCGAUGCAGAGCCUAUUGACUUGACCAAUUCAGGUGAAGAUACGGCUGGGCUGUUGACCAGCGAGCGUGGUUGGGCAUAG